AUGGCUAACAAACUCCAGGUGUACCCGGCACCGAUAGAUGGCAUAUUAGAGAAACUCGAGAUACAUGUGGACGCCCAUUACCAGGACAAGAAGCUGGACCUGGGUAUGAGAUGCGGCUGGAAGGAGCUGACAGAGUACAGGUACACAACGCUGCAGGGCUGA